UCUUGUCUGCAGGAAAUCAAACGAAGAAGAGAUACCAGAAAUAAGUCAGAAAGUAGGAUCCGCGCCACAUAUCGAUAAAGAGCCGACCCAACGCGAGCACAUAAGCUCGUUUUUCAAUAUUAUUGUGUAGUUUCUACAGUUAUUACAUUCACGCAUCGGUCAUCCAGCUGAGACUAAACAUCGCCGCUUUAUUACAAUCUCUUGUCAGCGCACCUUCAAGCUAGCCUAGCUGCUAACACGGAAACGCGUUUUUUUUUUGUCGUUUGAAAAAUGUGUAAAAUCCAAAUGCUGAGAGCGUUGGUGACUGAGCGACUCACAGUUGCCGUCGAAGAAAUAUUUGUAGUUUUGGAAAGCACGAUAGCGGAGUACGAGGAUGAACUUUCUCGAACGAGAGCAGACAACGUGCGACAACGUCGACGACCUGUUUUUGAACAUCAACUGGAGUCUCACAAAGUCGUCUGUGAAGAAGUUCCCCCGCCUGAGCAGCAAGAUUGGCGCUUCACGGUGGAACAGAAUGAGCCGCAGCAGCCGUGCAUUAAAGAGGAAGAGGAGGAAUCACGGCCACCUCGCAUUGAUGACGAAGACACGGACAACAUCUGUCAAGAGGAAAACCGGCUUGAAGAGUUGGAGGAGGCUGACAUGAAUGCCAGUGAGGAAGAUCAUCCCUCUGAGCAGCGACAGUGGAGCCAGGUGGAGUCACAGCCCCCCCACGUAAAAGAGGAAGAGCAAAUGUGGCUUCAGAAGGAUGCCGACGUCAGCAAGUUUCCGGUGACUAGUGUGAUUGUGAAGAGUGAAGAUGAUGAGAACGGAGCUCAGUGGCUCCAGCUUGAUUGCAGUCAAAGACGAUUAGAAGCGGGACACUUCUUAGCGCCGCUGUCUGAUAAGGAGAAGAUGCCACACUCUCCUGACAGCGACGACGCCGACUUCAGAGGUGACAUUAACAAACACUUUAAAUGCUCUCAAUGUGACGAAACGUUCGACAGGAAGACGACUUUGAAAGGACACAUGAUGAUCCACACGGGAGGAAAAACAAUCCGGUGCUCAGUUUGCGACGUCGGUGAAGUAGCUUUUCCCCCUGAGCUGCAGGUGUGGGGCACCAGGAUGGAGCAAGAGGAGCCAAAGCCUCCCCACCUUAAGGAGGAGCAUGUGUGUACUCGGGAGGAUGCCGACAUCAGCAAGUUUGCAGUGACCCAUGAGGCGGCGAAGAGUGAAAAUGAUGAGGAUGAAGCUCGGCUGUCCCAGCUUGAUGAGAGUCAAAGUUCAGAGAAGAGAAGAUGGGAAGCAGACGGCCUCUUGGCGGCGCUGCCAGACGUUAGGAUGGACCAGGAGGAGUCACAGUCCCCCCAUGUCAAAGAAGAAGAAGAGGAGGAGCAAGGGUGGACUCGGCAAGAUGCCGACGUCAGAAAGUUCCCGGUAAUUCGUGUUAUUGUGAAAAGCGAGGAAGACGAAGAUGAAUCUCAGUGGUCACAGCGCGAUAACGGGCAAGGUGAGGAGAAGAGAAGAUCAGACGCAAAGCGCCCGCUGACUCCGCUGUUGGAUUGUGUCGACACAACGUCACAAUCUCCUGACACUGAUGAUUAUGAAGACUUAAACGCUAAGACUCGUCACGCUGACAAGAAACACUUUAAAUGCUCUCAAUGUGACAAAACGUUUGGUGAACGGUGGAUUUUGAAGCGACACAUAAGGGUCCACACAGUGGGGAAACCCUUCUUUUGCUCGGUUUGCAGUAAAAGCUUCAAAGUGGAGGAAUAUUUAAUCAUUCACAUGAGGACGCACACUGGAGAAAAACCGUUCAUCUGCUCUAUUUGUGGAAGACGAUUCUCUCUGAAGAGCAGUUUGAUGAAACACACGAGAACACACACGGGAGAAAAACCCUUUUCUUGUUCGAUCUGCGGCAAAACCUUUGCCGCGAAGGGACACUUGACCGCGCACACAAGGACGCACACCGGCGAAAAACCGUACUCCUGCUCAGUGUGCAACACAAGUUUUAGCGAUUGUUCCGCACUAGGGAGGCACACACGAACGCACACGGGUGAGAAACCUUUCAUUUGUUCACUUUGUGGCAAAAGGUUCGCUCAAAAGGGCAAUUUAAUGGCGCACAUGAAUAGACAUACUGGCGAUAAACCAUUUUCCUGCUCCUUCUGUGGUCAAACAUUCUCUCGAAAGGGGAUUUUGCUGAAACACACGAGAAGACACACUGGCGAGAAACCGUUCAGGUGUGAUAUGUGCAAUAAAAGUUUUACUUACAAGUACCAGUUGAACAAACACAAGUGUGCUGAUGUAAAGCACUAACAUGAAAUGUAUCAUGCUGUAAAUCAAAUAUCCAUAUAUUCUUCCUGUGUGCAUCUGUUCUAAAACAAAAGUAUUCACACUAAAUUAAUAAUAAACAUAAAUUGCUGAAGAGCUCUCAUUUUAAGAACACACUCAAACACAGCCAUGAUCACUUUUACAUCUCGAAAGGGAUUCAAACCUUCGAUACGGUCUAUUAUCCGAAUGCUUCAGUUUGAUUUGGACCUAAACUUUUUUGGGGGGUUUUUCCGUCUUGCCUCCGGUGAGGGCGGUCGCAUUUUUUUCCGCUCCAUCUUCUCCCAGCUUGCUCCCUUUUUUUUUUGUCUUGUCUGAACUCUUUUGAAGCCUCUUUCUUUGCGCUGUCCUCAAAUCUAAACAUCAGACAAACGAACAUCCUCAUCUACGAUUUGACUCCCUUGAACGGCCUUGACGCUGUGGAAACAGGACCAGGCUUUUCUGAAAACACCCCGAAGGACACCUCAAUGAUAGACGCUUUUGACCUCCCUCCCUCCUCAACGACACCUGGAGUCGAACUUUCGCAGAUCAGCCUCGGUCUAAAAAACAUUACAUCAUCCAACCCAAGACAAUUGGGCAUACACGCGCACACACCCCCACCCCACGCCUUUACCACCGCUUUUUCCCCUCUGGUGAUGGUCGGAUGGCAGCGCUUCAAAGCAGCAGUCGCCUUCCAGGGCCCCAACUUCCCGCCCCUCUAUUGUGAGUUUGUCGUGAUUAAAUAUAACGUGUUUGUGCAUUGCACGGAGCUUUUUUCCCCCACUCCCGACUAGGCCUCCCUUAGGAGACCAGUCUAGAUUGUAUUUUUUUACUCAUCUUCUUCCCCACUGUUCUGUAACCCUGUUUGUUUGUCUAAUAUUGAACGGGUUUGUGCUGUAAACAAAAAUGUUGUUGUACUUGUUGCAAUGACAAUAAAGA